AUGGUAGACAAGCCUCAAUACGAGCCGCCGACCAAGAUCCUAUCAGGUAGGCAAGAACGCCGUAAGGUGAUGAUCGUCCUGUCGGCGCCUGCAAAAAAGUCGAACACUGCACAAGAUAUCGCGGGCGAAGAAUCAGCAGAGUCUCAACCGAAGGUAGAGCCAAAAGAAGAAGCUGAUGACGACAUGGAUGACGCUGUCUGCUAUCAUGAAGGCGGCGAUAUCUUACCCGAGGUCAUCGAGAAUAACAUGGCUGUCCUGCCGGAAAGAGAAGCUACCACGAAGGAAGUCACCAUGCAUGAUAUCCGAGUAGAUGAUUCACACGCGACUACGGAAGAAUGUGAGCAACUGCGUCGCAUUAUCUGGAAGCGACGCCACUUGUUGAUAGAAGCCGGUAACGCUCUACCACCGGCCGCCGUCGGAGCUAUUUGUGACAUCGAUGUUGGAACUGCCAAGCCGGUGGAGCAACGCUGUCGAUGGGUAGCGCCACAAUUCCGCGAGAAGCUGUCAAUGCUCAUCAUAGGACUGCUGUCGGCAAAGAUCAUCACUACCUCCACCUCACCUUGGGCGUCACUCAUCGUUGUCAUCAUCAAGACUAACGGGGUCGACAUUCGCCUCUGCAUCGACUACCAGGUGAUGAACAGCCUUACGAGGCCGAUGGUAUACCCCAUGCCGUUGAUCGACGACCUCCUUUGA